AUGCGAGAUCUUGACCAGCGAGCACAAGACACAAUGAAGGAAAUUGAGAAAAUAGCUGAGAUUUUUCUUCGCAAUGUGAGGACUAUGAACAUAGAACGUCGUCUUGCACACUUAAACUCCAUCAAUUCUCAGUAUAAUAAAAGUCUUGGAUUCGGAGAUGAGAAAGUUCAGUUAGCAAUGCAAACUUAUGAAAUGGUGGAUAAGCACAUACGUAAACUUGAUGCUGAUCUUGCCAGAUUUGAAGCUGAUUUAAAGGAGAAAAGUAUAACAAAACCUAAAGAGGGACCAACCAUUAAAGUAAAAGACAAGAAAAAAAGGAAAUCAAUGAAAGCUGAAUAUGAAGAUGAAAUACCCAAGAAAAAGAAAAACAAGAAAUCUUCUCAACAAUUACAGCCAGAUUCUGAAAACAGUUUGCCAUCAUUACCAUUAUCUAUCACUCAUCCAUCAGAUGUCUUAGAUAUGCCAGUGGACCCUAAUGAACCAACUUAUUGUUUGUGUCAUCAAGUAUCCUAUGGUGAAAUGAUUGGCUGUGAUAAUCCAGAUUGUCCCAUUGAAUGGUUUCAUUUUGCCUGUGUGGGACUGACCACAAAGCCAAAAGGAAAAUGGUACUGUCCUCGAUGCCAAGAAGAACGAAAAAAGAAAUAA